AUGAAGCGACCAAUAGAGGAUCGGCUCACUGGCCCGCGCAUGCCAUCAGUCCUCCUCGAUCAGUUGGCAUCGGCCACUACAAAUCCAUCUGAAAGGAAGUUUACCAAAAAGCAUCAGAAGCCAGUUCACAGAAAGGACAAGAGACGACUGGAAAAGCUGGAGAAAAAAAAGAGAGUCGAUGCAUUCCAUAGUCGCAAAGCUGUCAAACUCCCUGAUGAGGUUAGUACUACUGCUUUAUUCACAUUUGAUGGGGAUCAUUGUUGCCCUAAACCUGUCAAGCACAAUCCUUUGAAGCGAUCGUAUAAUGAAGAUGCUCAAAUCUCCAAAAUGGUCAAACUCGACCAACCUCAAACACCUCAACCACAGCAGCAACGUCAACCUCAAAUCCAUAAACCAGUACCACCACCACAAAAGAAGAUAACGGCGGCAGACGUAACCCGAUUCGCAACCAAAAACCCAAACAUUUAUAAACUUCUCGUUGCUGACGGUCUAACAAAAUCACUACCUCCACCUACUGAACCCACAACCGUUAAAAUGGGUCAAGAAGCAUUUGAACAAGACGGGUAUGAAAUUGCCUACUAUGCUAAAAAGCUCGGUAUCAAGAAAAAGAAGGGUCGUUAUAGUAAAGAAUUGGAAUUGGACGGUCUGGACGAUCUCUUGGAAGGAUUGGGAGCUGAUGGCGUUGCUACUGAUACUGCUAUUGACUCGAAAGCUGCCACUAUUGAUGAUAGCGAUAGUGAUCUAGAUCUAGAAUUAUUUAAUGGCGAAGAAGAAGACGUCGACCAAGAUAUGGAAGAAGAGGAUCACGACGAAGAGGAGGAUAGUGAUAAUGAUAUGGAUCAUCUAGACAGUGACGACGAGCUUAUAGGUGAAGAAGAAGAGCUCGACCCCGCAGAAGAAGAUGACGACGAGGAAGUGGAUGAAGCGAUUGCAGAUGAACAUGGCUCGUCAUCGUCAUCGGAUAACGAACUAGAUGAUAAAGACAAUGCAGAUCAAUCCUCAAGUCUUUCAGCAACCAAGUAUGUCCCACCACAUCUACGUCAGCAACCUAAAGGAGAGCAAUAUGAGAGGUUAAGGAAACAGUUGCAAGGACUUAUCAACAGGUUGAGUGACUCUAAUCUCGAAUCCAUCUUCAUGGGAGUUGAAUCUUGUUUUCAGAAUUAUCCACGUCAUGAUGUCACCGAAAUCUUGACAACCCUCCUGAUUGCCUCUGUCGCUGAAAAGAUUCAUUUACUGGACUCGUUUGUUUGUAAUUAUGCUGCUUUGAUAUCUGCCAUAUACUCAUUGGUUGGUGGUGACAUUGGUGCUCAAAUGCUACAAUCAACUGUCGAACUCUUCCUGAAAGCUCGUUCAACAAACUCACUCGAUGACGCAACAGCAUCUCGUCAAGCAAGUAAUCUAGCCGCACUAUUGGCAUUCUUGUAUAACUUCCAAGUGGUCGCGUGUGUCUUGAUUUAUGAUCUUGUGCGAGAAUGUAUUGCUGGAUUGUCUGAGACCGAUGUUGAGGUGUUGUUGAAGCUGCUGAGAUUAUCCGGCUCGCAACUACGCUCGGAUGAUCCUCAAUCUCUCAAAGACAUUGUGGCAGCAGUGCAAUCUGAGGCUUCGAAGCGAGACAUGACAAGUUCAAGGUUGAAAUUUUUGGUUGAAUCCAUCCUUGAUUUGAAGAAUAAUCGAAAGAGAAAGACGGGUGGUGGCAAUGUCGAUGUUCUUGUUGAGCAACAAGAGCGUGUUAAGAAGAUGGUUGGUGGUAUUAUUAUGAAGAGACAUGGUCAUGGUCACGAAGCACUUCGAUGCUCGCUUGACGAAAUCAAGUCAGUCAAUGAGCGUGGAAGAUGGUGGGUUGUUGGUGCAGCUUGGGCUGGUCGUCAACAAACCCAAGACCAGGUGCCAUCAUCAUCGGCACAACCAGAUAACAACAACAGUAAUCAUCACACGACAACAACAACAUCUAAUAACAACAUGUCGGGAUUACUGGAGCUGGCUAGAAAGCAAGGCAUGAAUACUGAAAUAAGACGUAAUGUCUUUGUAGCCUUGAUGAGUUCCGAGGAUUGUACAGACGCGCUAUCCCGUCUCGAAUCCCUAAAACUAACACCACCACGAGAUCGAGAAGCAGUACGAGUCCUAGUGCAUUGCUGCACCCGUGAAAAGGCAUUCAACCCGUAUUACGCAUUGGUGGCUCAACGACUUGUAGACCGUAAUUUCAGUAUGAAGGUCACGUUGCAAUAUGUCUUGUGGGAUGCGCUAAAGAGUUUGGAGGAAGGAGAGGUACGCAAGACUGUACAUUUAGCUAGAUUGUAUGCCUACUUGAUUGGAAAGGGUGCUAUGAGUCUGCAUAUCUUGAAGAUAUUAAAUUUCGCAUCACUGUCACCAGCCCAACAAAUAUUUUUGACUGCACUCUUUGAGAACUUGCUCAAGAUGCCUAAAGAGGGUAGUAGUAAAAAAGAUUUACUGCCAAAGACGCUGGCUGAUGGGGUCAAAGAUGAGGUUGUCAGAGAGGGUUUAGCUCUCUUCUUGACUACAUUUGAUUCUCAGAAUGAUGCUCUUGUUGAGAAGAGGGUAAAUCUGUUGCGCCAAUACCUGCUUCAAGAGGAACAAUAA